CUAUUGAUAAGCAUGUGUUGUAGAUUAGCAUACGAGUUUAAACAAACAUGGCUGUGGGUUAUGAAAUAAAGCUGUACAUAAAUGCUUAAGCUGUGUAAACUAAAUAAAUUUAAAAAAUGACGGAACACAUCUUCGUCCCCGACGGAGGUUGGGGGUGGGUCAUUGUUGCAGCUUCGUUGAUAUUUAAUAUAAUAUACGAUGGAUGCAGCUACUCUUUCGGAAUUUUGUACGAGCAUUUCCUUAAGGACUUUAGAGAAACAAAAAGUAACACAGCGUGGAUAGGAUCUCUGUUCUUCUCUAUGCCAUUGUUAUGUGGCCCACUAGCUUCUGUAAUAUCAAGAAAAUUUGGAUAUAGAAACUCAACAAUGUUUGGUGGAUUAAUAGCUUUCAUUGGAUUUUUCCUCGGUACAUUUUCAAGUUCAGUGUUAAUGUUAACAUUUAGCUAUGGCCUUCUUUCCGGAAUUGGAAUGUCACUUCCGUAUUUCAACUCAGUUGUCAUUGUCGCCAAUUACUUCAACAAACGCCGAGCUCUGGCAAUAGGAAUAGCCGAAUCAGGAUCUGGUUUAGGAACCGUAAUAUUUGCACCGUUGACGUACACACUGAUUUCAAAGUUUGGCUGGAGAGGAAGUUUACUAAUUCUCAGUGGCAUUGUUGCAAAUAUUAUAGUAUGUGGUGCUCUCUAUCGACCACUAGAGUCAAUUACAGAGUGCAGUGAUAAAGAAUUGUCUGACCAAAUACCGGAAAGUAUACACGCCAUCGAUGAUAAACGCAAGGAUACUGACAGUGAUGAAACACUUUUGGAAAAGAAUAUUCUUCAUGAAAACUGUAAGAAUUCCGCGACAAGACUUUCAAGAAGCUUAAAUUCGUUAGUCUCCCGUCAGAUUGAAAAGCAGUCUCAACGUUGCGGUUGUAUACACCCUUUACUUGGGUUAUUCAAAAACGUGCCGUUGUUGUUAUUCUCAGUGUCAAUUUUUGUUAUGUAUUUUUGGUAUGAUGUGCCAUAUGUAUUUCUUGUCGGGAAGUCGCAGAGUGUCGGCAUACAAGAGUCGAGCGCAGCUUUCUUGAUCUCGCUUAUUGGUAUUGUUCAUAUGGGAGGAAUUCUUUUAUAUGGCUGCCUGGGAGACAAAAAGUAUGUUAGUACGUCACUUCUGUAUGGUGUUUCUAUUUUUUUAUGUGGCAUAGGUGUUGCUGUAAUCCCCUUGUGUAAAACAUACGUUCCAAUUGCAUUCUUAGCAGCUUGCUUUGGUAUGUUUUCUGCAGCGACUGAAGCUCUUGUUUCCAUAGUUGUUAUUGAUAUUGUUGGACUGGAAUAUUUUGAUAAUGCCUUCGGUGUCAUCAUGCUCAUGGAGGGAUUAGCCAACUUAAUUGGACCACCCUUUGCAGGGUGGCUGUGCGACAUAUCGGGUGGCUACGACAUGACCUUCUACGCUGCUGGUUUUAGCAUAAGUGUAUCUGCAUGUAUAUAUCUGCUAUUACCACUGUUCAAAAAGAGAAAUAGCGGUAAAGAAAUUGAAUGAAUGUCUAUUCUUCUACAUAUCGUAUGAAAAUGUUUUGUUUUUUUCCAAAUCAUGAACUUUGUUAAAAAUCAGUUACCAGUGACUAGUUAAGCAGGUUUUCCAUUAGAAUAAAGUUAUAGAUCAGUUACCAGUGACUAGUUAAGCAGGUUUUCCAUUAGAAUAAAGUUAUAAAUCAGUAACCAUUGACUAGUAAAGCAGGUUUUUUAUUAGAAUAAAGUUAUAGUGAAAAAUGUUCUCUUACAACGGGAGUUCAAUAAGUACUUUGAUAAGAUUUACCUUUUGCGUUUUCUCUUUAUUAAGGAUUGUUGGGAUAAGAGUGAGGUUUGUGCACAUAAACUGGUUUAAACCUCCAGUAAAUUUACAUUUUACUGACCGUUCCAAGGCGGUACCUAACAAUUCAUGAUAAACAUACCUAUUUAGUAUAUAUAUAUAUAUAUAGUAUGUAUGCACUGUGCUGUUAGGGGAGUUUUAUGCUGUUCUUCUGUUUCUUGUUUGUGAUUUUUUGUUCUAUGUCUUUGGCGUUUGCCCAGUGCCACUAAACCGGGUUUAUGUUUAAACAUUUUGCUACUGAGCUUGUUUCUAUAGCUUUUUGCAUAAAUAUUCAUCAAGACAGAUA